AUGGCGGACGAGGACUCGGAGAGCGUCCGCACCGCGGAGUCUCAGGAACUCGCCGCCCUGCACCUGCCCCAGCUCGAGGCCCUGGUGGAGGAGACCAGCCAUGCCCUCUCCAUUCUCAAAGUCGAGACAGAAAUGUUUGAAAAAUACUACAACAAGAUGGAGCCAAAGGAUCUGGUCAGCCAUUUGUUGCCAGAUAUACUCGGAUCCUCGCUGGACCUGGGGCAGACACGUACCAGACGUAAAUCUAAAUCCCGCGCUGCAGCAGAUCGUUUUAUAGGCCUGACAGUGGAGCAGAAGAAUGAUCUAGCACAGCGGGAGCUGGAUGAGACGAAGGAAGAAAUUCAGCAGACCAAGGGGGAUUCUGAACGGAUUAUACAAAACUACCAGGCUGUCAUGGAAGAAGCUGAUAUUCGGUGGGCUGAUAUUAAGAAAGCCACAUGCAACUUUAACAAAGACAUUAUCCAAACAAUAUCCAAGAAGAAAGGGAGUGUCAUAGCUUCUGAGAAGGUGCUGAGAUAUCUUGAGGAGAAGAACCACGACAGGGAUGCAAUGAAAGAAAAAUUGCGUUUGAAAAAUGAUUCUCUCAAAGUGCAGAAGAAAAAGUUGCAGCUGCAGCUCAAGCAGAAGGAAGAGAUGGGCGAGGCACUCCAUGAGGUUGAUUUCCAGCAGCUAAAGAUUGAGAAUGCUCAGUUUUUGGAGAAGAUUGAUGAGAGGAACCAGGAUCUGCUACAGCUAAAACUGACAGCGGGAAACACUCUUCAAAUCCUCAAUUCCUACAAAAGAAAGCUGCAGAACGCCACCGCAGCAUCCGCCCACCUGAUGAAAGAUAUCUCCCAGAGGAAGGAGGUGCUGGAGAAGAUGGAAAGGGAAACCAUUCUGGUGGAGGAGGAGCGAGCCAAAGCAGAGAGUGUGAAUAAGCAGCUGCGGCAGCAGCUCUCAGAUUACAGAGUGCCCCCAGUGGUGAAGUAUGUCAAUCAGAAGAUGGCCAUCUGUGACCUGGAAAACAACAUUAAGAUAUGGGAGAGGAAGGUGGAGAUCGCCGAGAUGUCCUUGCAGAGCUACCGCAGAGCUUGGAACAAGGUCAAGGCGGCCAGUAACCAGCUACAGCUUUGUCUCCCCCUGCAAGGUGGCCAAUGAGAGAUGUGGCUGGGAGUCAGCCACAUGAAAAAUGAAGCUAUGGACUGGGGGAAUGCAGAACACUUUCUACUGCAGCUUGGUCUGGAGGGAACCAUUUCAGCCCAACUGAUAAAGAAAUCAAAACCGCCUGGGUUAGGACUCCUCUAGUUUGUCCAGUCCCCUUUGUCGGAGAGGCUGGAGCAUCCAGUGGGCUCUGGCACCUGGGUUCUGUGUGGGGCUCCUGAGCGUCCCUUCCUUCUCAACUACGUCUGAUCAGUUACUCUCUGGCGAUUGUAUCUGGACAUGUUUACAGGCACUGUCCUGUUUGGACUGGCCCUUGGGACAAAAGGAAUCAGGAGAGUUUUGAGGGGGAGGAGUUUAAAGUUUAAUAGCCUGAGUGAGUGCCAAAAUACAGAGACGGAUUAACACACGAGGGUGUUGCUGUGGGGGGAGAACGUCAGCACCGUGCACAUGGAUCAUGCCAUAUAGUCACUGUCAACAGCACUAAAACGGAUGGAGUGCUGGGAAUGGUCCCUGAGGCCAGUCAAUCACACAGUUGCCUCGGUUACAGUGUC